AUGAGCCUCCGCUUGCCUAUCCGCGGAGGCAAAUUCGCCACCAUCAUCAGCGUCUACGCCUCGCCCAUGACCAGCCCUGACGCCGCCAGAUAUAAGUUGUACGAGGACCUAUAUGUCCUCCUGGCGACUGUGCUGAAAACGGACAAAUCGAUUAUCCUUGGCGACUUCAACGCCCGCGUCGGCACAGAUCAUGCUGCCUGGAGAGGACUGCUGGGUCCCCAUGGUCACAACGGCUUCAAUGACAAUGACAUGCUCCUUCUCCGCACCUGCGCAGAACACCGACUCAUCCUGAAGAACACCUUAUUCCGCCUCCCGAUGCGAGGGAAGGCCAUCUGA